UGAGUGGCUUGGAGAAUGCGAGCAGUGUCUCUUGAUGGAAUGAGGGAAUGAAAGACACAGGAGCAAGAGAGGGAGACGGGCAGGGAGAGAGAGGCGGACAGAAUAAGUUCAUCAACCAUGUCAACAAAGCACUUACGUCACACAUGCGCGUCGCACUGAGCUGCCAGGCGGCCAGAGCAGCAGUCAUGAAAACACGGAAACAAAGUUCGAUACAAUAUUCGAAUCGCAGCAUCGACUCAAUCAUGCAUAAAUGCCAACACUCCGAGUUUCAACAUGCCAGAUGAACACAGCAUUUGAUUUUGAUUGUAGAAUGUUUCCUAUUGAAACAGGCUGAGCUAAUCUGAAACGAAUAUUCAUUCUGAUUCAUUCGUGGUUCGGACAGACGAUUUUUUAUUUUUGAAGUUGGUCGGGACUGUCGCCGAGAUGGCCGAGACCACAGCGUACAUGACUACAGCGGGGACGAGCUACUACCUCGCCGAAAGCAUGGGCAACGCCGCUCUCGCUUCGGCGGAACCCGCCAGGGACAUCAGCAGCAGCAACAACUCUUACAACCUGUUGCCGCAGGAUAAUUUCUACGACACGCUCACCACGAACUCUGCCAGUUUCUUUGAAGAUUGUGACGAGGAUUUCAGUUUAGGAGUGUCCUUUGAAUCCCAGGUGCUUUUAACGGUGAUCUAUUCGGUGACGAUAUUGCUAGCGAUUGCCGGUAAUGCUAUGGUGAUUCUGAUCCUUGGUUUCACAGCAAGACUCAGGACAGACCUAAACAAUUUCCUCAUUAACUUGGCCGCGGCCGAUCUCAUUGCUGCGAUAUUUUGUAUGCCGUUCACAUUCGUUUAUAUUAUGAAAGAAAACUGGAUAUUUGGCAGUGUGGCGUGUCCCAUAGUCCUUUUCAUACAGCAAGUAAGUUUGAUUAUAAUGUUUCUUAAUAAUUCUCUUGAAGAAGGAUUUCACAUUUAAGUUUUGCAUCUAUGUACAUGCAUGUGUUUUGGCAUAUAUCUACAUGUGUUUUGGCAUUUCCCCCACAAAUUCAUGAGGUUCAUGUUUAGCAUAAAACUUUAAAGUAACAUUUGCCCUAUAUUUAAACGGUGUGGAUUCGUAUGAAAUUAGAGUACAUUGACCAUGUUGCUCAAUAAAAUGAUGACAUCAUAUUGGCCGUAGAGAUGUGAACUCUCGAAUAGAGACGGAAUGAAUAAUCAAUACGUUUUAUUUCUGUAUUUUUGUACUAGUAAUAAUGAAAAUGAUAAUGGCGGAUUCUUUUGAAGCGCACACAUUCGUCAGGCAUGACGCUCCUGGCGCUAUGUACAAUUAUAAAAAGUAAUCAGGAUAUGAAUACAAAUUGCGUUUAAUGGUGUGCUUUUAUGGUUCAUUAUCAAUCAAGGAUUUUUACAUAGAGACAACAGGGGGCACCUUCCCUGUGAUUUUACAAGUAAUGCAAAUAUGAAAAAAUGAAAGGAUAUAACAGGAUAUAUGAGAAAGAAAGGAAUUGGUUAUAGCCUUUACAACUAUAUCUCGAUCUUUUUUUAGAACGCCUUUACGUCAAGCAGUAUUAUGUCAUACUCCUGCCACGUUAUCAAGGCGUAGCCCUAAAAUUUUUU